AUGGCGCCCGCAAACCUCCCCGCCAUCUUCAACCCGACGCAGCAGGACAUCGAGAUGAUGCUCGCGGCGCAGUGCCAUCUCGGGGCCAAGAAUCUCCAGGUGCACAUGGAGCCAUACCUGUGGAAGAGACGCCCGGAUGGCGUCAAUGUUCUCAACAUUGGCAAGACGUGGGAGAAGAUUGUCAUGGCUGCGCGCAUCAUCGUCGCCAUUGACAACCCCGCCGACAUCUGCGUCAUCUCUGCUCGUCCCUACGGCCAGCGUGCCGUGCUCAAGUUCGCCGCGCACACCGGUGCCGUCGCCAUUGCUGGUCGCUUCACCCCCGGUAACUUCACCAACUACAUCACCCGCUCGUUCAAGGAGCCGCGCCUGAUCGUCGUCACCGACCCGCGCACCGAUGCGCAGGCAAUCAAGGAGGCGUCCUAUGUCAACAUCCCGGUCAUUGCCCUCUGCGACACCGAUUCUCCCACCGAGUUCGUCGACAUUGCCAUCCCCACCAACAACAAGGGACGCCACGCCAUUGGUCUAGUUUGGUGGAUGCUUGCCCGUGAGGUCCUUCGUCUGCGUGGCACCCUCGCCUCCCGCGAGACCGAGUGGGAUGUCAUGACCGACUUGUACUUCUACCGCGACCCUGAGGCGGAGGAGAACAAGGACGCCACGGGUGUCGAGGAGGCCAAGGUCCCCGGUGCCGACGAGGUCGGUACUGGUCCGGUCGAAGCGGGCUUCACCAGCGAGUGGGAGGUCUCUGGCGCUACUGCUGGUGCCUUCACUUCCCAGGCUGCUGCUCAGCCAGGUGGCGGCAGCUGGGACGCCGAUGCGACGGACUGGGCUGCUACUGGCACCCAGGAGGCCGGCACCGAGGGCUGGGGCGCCGAGACCACCCAGCAGGGCGCUGUGCAGUGGUAG